AUGGAUAUAUUUACCAUCCUCUUUGUUUUGUUAAUUUUAUUUUUUAUAUUCGAUUAUAAUUUUUGCGCAAAGGGGUUGGUCUUUUCUAUUGGAAACAAAUCUCUGCGGAUUCUCAAGGGCAGCCUGGAGCGAGUGUACCGGAGCCCGCUUUAUCUGAUGCACCCAGUGCUGCAACAGCUGUUUGUGCACACCUUCUACAUUUACCUAGAAAAAAAGAAGACAUACGUAAAUCACCUCAUAUGGAAGAAAACGAAAGAAAAGGAAAGGGAAAAAAAAACAAAGAAUAACAUCCCAGGUAAAACAAAAUGGAAAGAAAUACUGAACAUACCUCAGCUCAUAGGAACAACUGUUGGUCAAAUUAAAAAAUGGGUGCAAAACAAAUUGUGGCAAAUUUUCUUCCUCAUUAUUGAAUAUACAAGAGUGUACGAAAAUAUUUGCCUAAAGUCGAAUAUCAACACGAGGGAAGUUCUGAGUAACAACAACUUUGGUGUUGUAAUUGUGGAUUACUAUUUACCCAAUUGUACUGUUAAGAAAAAGAAGAAAAGUUGUGAAAAUUCGAAAAAGGAUAACUACGAAAUCGAUUUGUACGACUUGGUAAAUAUAAAACAGGAGAAAAAAAUCAAACUGAUUUUAAUUGACCAGAAAUGGAAAACCGCGCUGAAUAUAGAACCCAUACAUGAUGCCCAUGUUCAGUUUCUCUACUUGCAAGAUACUGUCCUGAUUCAGUAUUUCCAGUUUGCCUGCAUAUUUAAGGAGGAAUUCUUAAAGAAGCCUAGUGAACCCCGUGUGGAUGGAAAGGACCCACUCGAGGGAGAGGCAGAAAAGGAUCACGUUGAACAGAACAUGACAAAUGGGAACCAUGGGAGGUCUGCCACACAGGGGGGAGAAGUCGCAGUGAAGGAAGAAGUCACAGUGAAGGAAGAAGUCGCAGUGAAGGAAGAAGCCGUAGUGAAGGAAAAAGCCGCAGUGAAGGAAGAAGUCACAGUGAAGGAAAAAGCCGCAGUGAAGGAAAAAGCCGCAGUGAAGGAAAAAGCCGCAGUGAAGGAAAAAGCCGCAAUGAAGGAAGAAGCACCAAUGCGGGAACAAUCCACCACAGGGAAGAGAGGCCAAGUCCAGGGAGAACAAUUACACGCAGGUGACGAACGAAGUGGACAUCAGAGAUCCCUUUCAGGGAAGUCAUCCACUAUAGAAGAAUCGGCAGAAGUAAGCACAGGUAGGAAGCAGAAUGGACUGAAGGUAGAUUCACAAAAGCCCCCACCCGAACAGAAAAACAAGUUUGAUGGGAACGGAAAGAGCGAAAAUGCCGUGGAGGAUAAAAUAAGAACACAUAUGAAUAAGUGGAAGUACAAAAAUGUGAAAGGUAUAAUCGUAAUCGUACCGGAAAUAUUUUAUAAUUAUCGAAACAUAGAAGAAGUAAAGAAUGGCGUCCCUCUAUAUUACAUACUUGCGAAAGAUGUCAAAAUAGACUCCUUUACGGUUAUUGCCAAAUUGCUGGGAUAUAUCUGUGUUCAUGUUCAUAUUAACAUCAAUUUUGGCUUGUCCAUUCCGUUCAUUUUUAGCAACAAAAAUGCUAAUAUACUGAAUAUUGCCAAUGUGGAAAGUAGAAAUGGUGCCGCCAUUGGGGGAAAGCCAAACGGCAGUGUAGAUGAGCAGUACCUCCAUGGUUGUACACAUAGAAACAGUGGAAUGCAACCGCAACAGGUUGUUUCAUCUUAUAAGAAAGGUCAAGACAAAGACCCUCCCUUGCGUGAGAAUUUCCUCCAUGAUGAGAAGAAGCACGUGCCUGAGGACGACAACAAGGUUUCUAGUCGACUCUUCGAAAAGGUGGACAACAGUGAUAGAAACAGAACUGCUUGUGAUGAUCUCAAUUUAGAGACGACAUUAAAAAGUUGUGCAAAUGUAAAAACGAGGGAGGAUGAAGAGGUACUAAAUGAUGGGGAAGGAACAAAUGCUCAGUUCAACGCGCCGCUUUUCUCAUGCCCAUUCUCCUUUUAUAGCGACAACUAUAACGAUUUGAAUAUUGCCAUGGCACAUUUUAAAUCAAUUUUUAAAAAUCACAAUUUUGUUUUCCUCGGCUUCAAUGAUGGCACAAAUAUUCUGCUAAAUUACUUUUUGGAAAAAAUUUACAAAAAAAAAAAAAACAAAACAGCAGGUGAUAAUAGCAAAACUCCCCAUUUCAAUUUGCACAAUGCCAGUCCGUACAAAUACCCCCUAUUGAAUUACAAAGGAAAGGGGAACGGUGACCAGAAAUUGGACCCAUUAAAUAAUCAGAGUAAAGAAAAAAAAAAAACAACUCAAAAAUUGGACAGGCAAACAAAAGCGAAGAAGAAGGUGAAAUGA